GCCGCAGAACAUGGGCAAGAGACAAUCAUUAAGCUCCUCCUAGCCACCAACAGAGUAGAUCCCGAGGCACAAAAUUCCAAUCGAGAGACCCCGUUGUGGUGGGCCGCGCGGAACGGACAUGAGACAAUCGUCACGUUGCUGCUCACGCAUGGUGCGGACCCUGAAUCUAGAAGCCUGAGUGGCGGGACUCCCUUGCUUUGGGCAGCACGGAAUGGUCACGCUGCCAUUGUUAAGCUUUUGCUCCAGAAAGGGGCAGACCCGGAUGGCUGCCCGACUGAAGACGGGGAAACGCCCUUG